AUGAGAAACCACACAGUCAUCACAACUUUCAUCCUUCUGGGCCUGACAGAUGACCCACAACUGCAAGUUCUGCUUUUCAUUUUUCUAUUUUUCACCUACAUGUUGAGUGUAACAGGGAACCUGACUAUUAUCAUCCUCACCUUGGUGAACUCCCACCUUAAAACACCUAUGUAUUUUUUCCUCAGAAACUUUUCUUUUUUGGAAGUUUCAUUUACCACCGUGUGUAUUCCUAGAUUCCUAUACAGUAUAUCAAGUGGAGACAAUACUAUUACUUACAAUGCUUGUGCAAGUCAAAUAUUCUUUGUUAUUCUCUUUGGAGCAACUGAAUUUUUUCUCUUGGCAGCCAUGUCCUAUGACCGCUACGUGGCCAUCUGUAAACCCCUUCAUUAUAUGACCAUCAUGAGCCACAAGGUGUGUACGUUACUAGUCCUCUCCUGUUGGGUAUCUGGCUUAAUGAUUAUCAUCCCACCCCUUAGCUUGGGCCUCCAGCUUGACUUCUGUGACUCCAAUGCCAUUGAUCAUUUCAGCUGUGAUGCAGGUCCCCUUCUAAAGAUCUCAUGCUCAGACACGUGGGUAAUAGAACAGAUGGUUAUACUUGUAGCUGUGUUUGCACUCAUUAUUACCCUAAUCUGUGUGUUUCUGUCCUAUACGUACAUCAUUAGAACAAUUCUGAGAUUCCCCUCAGCACAGCAAAGGAAAAAGGCCUUUUCCACCUGCUCGUCACACAUGAUUGUGGUUUCCAUCACCUAUGGAAGCUGCAUCUUUAUCUACAUCAAGCCAUCAGCAAAGGAAGAGGUGACCAUUAACAAAGGAGUAUCAGUUCUCACUACUUCUGUUGCACCUCUGUUGAAUCCUUUCAUCUACACCUUGAGGAACAAGCAAGUGAAAGAAGCUUUCAAAGACUCCAUGAAGAGGAUUGCAUUUCUCUCAAAGAGCUAG